AAAAUAACGAAGGAAAUGGGCUGAAAUGGAUCAAAUGAUAGAGGAAACAACCAACCUAGGGCACAGCAACAACAAAUGGUUGGUAACCCAGCACCUCAACAUCCUGCUCAAAGGACUUGGUCGCAAAGAUUAAGAGAUGGAGACGUACCAGAUGCUGUAAACUCACAAGACUUUGCAAAUCUGCUUCCCCAUUUAUUCAAUUCGGGUGAAAACGACAAUCAAAACCUGGAAGAGGAAGACUCAAAAUAUUCAGAAGACUUCAAAGAACUUGAAGGUGAAGAUAGAUUUGAAGCCAUGAUUAGAAGAAUAGAGAUGCGCAAGAGCAACUUUUACAAGAAGAUGGGAAGCAAGCCCACCUCUGAUAAAAAUAUGAGCACUGAAGAGAAGAUCAAUUAUCUGAGAGAAAAACUCAAUGUUUACAAGGUGUCCUUUACUCAAGGAUCAAACGUUAUUUAUAUUGAUAGAGAAGACAUCUUUUACGACUCCUUCACUCAGUUUAUGAAUAUGGACCACCAGAAGGAGUUAAAGAUCUUUUUCAGAGGUGAAAUGAAAUAUUCAGGCCAAGAUGCAGGAGGAAUGGAGAAAGAGUGGUUUACUCUUCUUACUGAACAGUUCUUAGACCCUGAAACAGGCCUCUUUAGAGAAACUGCAACUGAUGAAGUAUCUUAUGUCAUAAAUGAAAAAAGUUAUGAAACAGAAGAUUACCUUAAGAAAUUUGAAUUUUUUGGGUUAGCAUUAGCAAAGGCUGUAUUUGAUGAAAUUCCACUCAACUUAUGACUCAAUGAUCUUUUCUUCAAACUUUUUAUAAAUCCAAACUAUGAUGUCACUCUCGAAGACAUUAAAGAGUUCGACUCCGCCGUCUAUAACUCACUAAAAUACAUGCUUGAAAACCAAAUCGAUGAAGAUGAAUUGAUGGAAUUCUAUUUCCAACACGAUUUUGAUGGCCACUCAUACCCUCUCGAUCAAGGAGGAGAAGAGAGAAGAGUUACAGACGAUGACAAAGAAAUCUACAUAAUCCUCAAAGUAAACUUCAUGGUAAAGAACUUCAUCAUGACUCAAGUGAAUGCAGUUAGAGAGGGAUUCUUCAAACUCAUUCCCAACGAAGCAAUCAAAAACUUUACUUACGAAGAACUGAGAUAUCUGUGCUGUGGAGAAGACGCUAUCGACAUUGAAGACUGGAAGAAGAACACCAUUUACCUAGACGAUUAUGACUCUACUACCCAAGUCAUCCAGUGGUUCUGGAGUUAUCUUGAGGAGUGAGACGAAGAUGAUCUCAGAAGUAUCUUCCAAUUUGUUACAGGAAUUUCUAAACUCCCUGCUGGAGGAUUCAAUGCUUUAAAGAAAAACAGAGGAGAUCAAGCCAAGUUUUGAAUCAGGCCAGUGGAUUAUGAGGAUGAAAACUCUUUACCCAAAGCAUACACUUGCUUUAAUAGAUUACAUCUUCCAAGAUACCCAGAAGAGGAUGACUUAGUAGACGCAUUUGAUACCCUUCUAGAGCAGAAAGAAAUUUAUGGAUUUGGUUUAGAAGACUAAUAGUAAUAGAACUAUGAUCUUAAUGAAGCAUAUGGCCAUUUAAUAUAAUAAUAUUUCCA